AUGUCGAACCCACGAGUUGAGGAGCUCUCUGAUGACGAGCCCAAGAAGACGACGGUCGAGGAGCUCGAGGAUGAUAGCAGCUCCGACUCGGAGAUCGAGGCUGGCGACUCGAGCCUCCCCGCCGGCUCUACCGCUGUGAUCCACUCCCGUAACGAGAAGAAGGCCCGCAAGGCGUUGGAGAAGGUUCACCUCACCCGCGUCACCGGCAUCACUCGUGUCACCCUCCGCCGACCCAAGAACAUCCUCUUCGUCAUCAACAACCCCGAGGUCUACAAGUCUCCCAACAGCAACACCUACAUUGUCUUUGGUGAGGCCAAGAUCGAGGACCUCAAUGCGAGCGCCCAGGCAGCCGCUGCUCAGCAGCUAGCCAGCCAAGGCCACGACCACGACCACGCUGGCCACACCCACGGCGAGUCCAGCAAGGAAGAGGGCGAGAAGAAGGAAGAGGAGGAAGAGGAUGACGGCGAAGAGGUUGAUGCCGAGGGUAUCGAGGACAAGGAUAUCGAACUCGUCAUGACCCAGGCCGGAGUAUCUCGCAAUAAGGCGAUCAAAGCAUUGAAAGAGAAUGACAACGACAUACGAUCCGCCGCGCUCAAGCUCGACUGGGCUAAGGUCACCACAUCCCUUGGCCUCCGCGGCCAGACGGUGUCGGGGCUGCAGGCCUUCAAGAAGCGCAAUGACGACGCCCGCCGGAAGGUGCAGAUGCUAGCCGAGCUCCCGACCUCGGUUGACUUCGCGCAGUACCGCGGCGUGCUCAAGAACCAGGCCGUCGUCGACGAGAUCCAGAAGCGGUUCACCGCCUUCAAGCCCGCCACCUACGACCUCAACCGCCAGCUCAAGGCCAUCGAGGCCUUCGAGGUCGAGGCCGUCCGGAACGCCGAGGCUACCAAGGAGAAGGUCGACCUGGAGCUGAAGGAUUUGGAGAACACGCUCAAGAACAUUGAGGAGGCCCGGCCGUUCGAGGACCUCACUGUGGACGAAGUCGCUGCUGCCGAGCCGUCGAUCGACGAGAAGACCGCCAAGCUCGUUUCCAAGGGACGCUGGUCGGUGCCAGGAUACAAGGAAAAAUUCGGCGAUCUCUCCAUCCUAUAG